AUGUCGGACAGAGAUAGGUACGGCGACCGCGACCGAGUUCGUGACAGAGAACGGGAGAGGGACCGCGACCGAGAUCGAGACCGAGACCGAGAAAGGCGACGGGAAAAGGAAGAUCGAGAUCGCAUCCGGGACCGGAGAUCGUGGACACGAUCGCCGGAACGAACGCGAGGGAGGCACGCUCGUUCCCGCACGCGCUCGCCGGACGAUGCACGCGCCUCGCACCGGCGCCAGCGCCACCAGCGCACCCCGUCGCCUUCACCUCCGCGGAAGAGGCACCGUCAUGAGGCCGACGAGGAGAAGGAUAAGGACAGGCAGAGAGCAGCUGCCACAGCGGCUUCUGAUUUUGUGGACGGGAUUUCGAAGGAGCAGCAGCAGAAGCGAGCCGAAAAGCACAGCAACGGCGGAGAUGGAAAUGGUGACGGGAUGGCGAACGAGGAUGAGGUUGAGAUGAUGAAGAUGUUAGGGAUUCCGAUUGGUUUUGAUUCGACGAAAGGGAAGCCGGUUCCCGGCGCCGACGUGAGUGGCAUCAGGGCAGUGACCAAGCGGCAGCCCAGGCAGUACAUGAACCGCAGGGGAGGGUUCAAUCGGCCGUUGCCUGCAGAGCGUAACCGAUAG